AUGAAUAUUAAAAUUUUAUUACGAUAUACGAUAAUAUUCACAUUCACGAUAUUGAAUUUAUCGAUUGGACUCCAAACAAUUAAUGAAUUAUGUGAAGAUUUUCCAAUUGGUACACGAAUACCACAUCCAGAAGAUUGUAAUCUCUAUUUGAAAUGUACUAAAGAUAAUAACAAAUCAUUUGCAUUAGUUAUUAGCUGUCAAAAUAAUAUAUUUUUUAACCCAAAUACAUUAGAAUGUGAUCCGAAUUAUGAAAGUGAAAUAUGUCCAAAACCGAAAACAUCACCAAUUUUCAAUAGAAGUACAACAACUAAACGAAAAACAAAAAAGACAACAACUUUAAGAACUAAAACGACUAGAUCAACACAGAAAAAAACAAAACAAACAAAUAAAUCAACUUCUACUAAAACUACAAUAGAACCAACUAUAAUACCUGAUGAUUAUGAAUAUUAUGAUGAUCUAACAACGACACCAAUCAAUACAAAUAAUGGAAUACAUUGUCCCGAAAUUGAUAAUGAUCAAGUGAAAUUUUUAGAAAAUCUUGAUGAUUGUACUAAAUAUUAUAUGUGUUAUCAUGGACGUGCCCUACCAUUAAGAUGUUGGAAUGGAUUACAUUUUAGUAUGAAACAUAUGACAUGUACACCACCUGAAAUUGCAAAUUGUUCUGCUAAUGCAACACCAUAUCCGAAUUGCCCAAUUUUUGGAAGAGCUUUAUUACCACAUCCAGAAGAAUGUCGAUAUUUUUUCUAUUGUACAAAUGGUAUUAAAACAAUUCAACAAUGUGGAUCAUUCGAUUAUUGGGAUAUUAUUGAAAAAAAAUUGUCAGUUGUUUGGAUAGCAUUUAAUAAGCAUCAUCGUGAGCAAAAACGUCGAGUCUACAGUGAUAUUGAAUAA